CGCGACACUAAGCCAAGUACGAACAUUGGCAGCACCAACCGCCGUCGAGGAACAAUUCGACCCGUUUUCGGACAGAUGAAAAACUGGAUAAGCUUUUGGCACCAUAUACAAAACAGACGUACAAUCAAAACAACUCGCAGGUUUCCUGUGAUCUUGCUAACCCUCGCUCAAAGUGUUUUCUUCAUGCUCAUUUGCCACCAUAGCCAGCAUAGCAUUAGUUCGCGUCUUAUAUUAUCCAUGGGUUUCUUUCGUCGCUGAUGGGAAGCUCAGCUGAAACAGCACGCUUCAUCCACCAGAACAUGGAGUUUGUGUCGGCUGUCUUGUCCCCGCCAAAGGACUCUGUUACAGCGUUCGCAUUAGGGUCUGCAACGUCUCUUUCGGGUGGUGAAGUCCGGGAAGACGGCAAAGUUAGCUAUGGAUUUUCACUUCUUCGAGGCAAGCGUGGAAGCAUGGAGGAUUUCCACUGUGCGCAGUACAAGAAAGACCCCCGGACAGGACAAGUUGUGGGUUUGUUUGGUAUCUUCGACGGUCAUGGCGGCCCCAAUGCGGCCGACUACGUGCGCAGCAACCUAUUUGUAAAUAUGAUGCAAAGCAAUAAGUUCAUCAGCGACCUUCCGGCGUGCGUAGCUGAGGCGUACGAGGCGACCGACCACCAGUACCUGCGGCAGGACAGCCCGGGCGGCCGCGAGGACGGCUGCACGGCGGUCACUGCGGUGCUGGUGGGGCAGCGGCUGCUGGUGGCGAACGUGGGGGACUCGCGGGCGGUGCUCAGCAGGGGCGGGAGAGCUGUCGCCCUCUCCGUGGACCACAAGCCCAACCUCAAGGAGGAGCGCGCGCGCAUCGAGAGCGCGGGCGGGGUGGUGGUGUGGGCGGGCACCUGGCGGGUGGGCGGCGUGCUGGCGGUGAGCCGCGCGUUCGGCGACCGGCCGCUGAAGCGCUUCGUGGUGGCCACCCCCGCACUGGCGGACGAGAGCCUCACCAGCGAGGAUGAGUUCCUCAUACUGGCCAGUGACGGGCUGUGGGACGUAAUGACAAACCAGGAGGCGGUAACUCUCAUUCGGGACAUCCCGGACGCGGAGAAGGCGGCCAAGCGGAUCACGGAGGAGGCCUACAACCGGGGCAGCAACGACAACAUCAGCUGUGUAGUGGUGCGGUUUAAGCGCUGAAAACCGGCCGGAGAGAGGAGCAGCUGGGGCGGUGGAGUGAGGCGGGGCGCUGCAACUGCUGCCGCCGCCGUAUGGGACCCGACACGCUGAGAUGCGCGCCUAAACAGCAUUCGGCCCGAUUUAUGUAUUGUUAUGAGGACUGUCGUGCGAUUGCGUGCGCGCACCUGUCUUUUGUCUCAUUCAAACUCUGCCUGAACAAUACCCUUUCUCUUCCACAAAUAUGCACGAGCUCUGUAGGGCUUGUGUUUUCCAGCAUUUGGCCUUCAUCUUAUUUGUGGGCUGUGUGCGUGUUGCGCUCAGGCAACUUGUCAUUGCUUGCCGCGGUGGUGACGCCCUUUGCCGCCCCCCUCUCUUCGAGUUCUGACGCUUCCAACAAAUGCCGCCGAAAUGGCCUGGCGCUACUAGUGACCUGUGUGGUGCGGUGCGUUCCGGAACGGGAAAUAAGGACGAAGCUAACGGACCGUGUGACAGGUUGCAUGGGUAGCUGGUGGGUAGAGUCCGUGGCAAGUGUAUGGUUCGUGCCCUCACCGUGCAGGGCUUCAUUGCUGCCCCCUCUCGUUGUAUAGAACAAUAUACAUAGGAUACCGGUAAGAGGAAAAGGGCCCGAGGCCUUGGAGUAACAGCACCGGCUGCCUCUGGAACAAGAAUGGCCUAUGGCUUCCUCUGCUACAACUGAGUGGUCUUGUCUGCGCGGUCCUUGUCAUUUCUGUUAUCAUCAGGUCGUGUCCCUGUAUUACCGGUCUUGUGGGACCGCACAACGACCCGGGGGGUACCUCCCGGCACUCUGGUAGUGUAACAACACCCCGGUCGGCCCCGCAGCCACCAACACCCAUCUGCCCAUGUGCAUGCAAGUACCAGGCUCAAUGCGAUACGAAGCGUAACAACGCUGGUACUGUUGCUAUC